GCUGUCCCGCAGGUGUUCAACGCCUACCAGACCAGCGGCUUCAUCUUUAUGCGGGUGCUGAUCCCUGCCUGGCUCCUCCACUACUACCUGAAGUACCACGUCUCGAAAAAGCCGUAUGGUAUCGUUGUGUCCAAUCCAGCAAUAUUCCCAGGGGACAGAAUUUUAGAGACGGGAGAAGUUGUUCCACCUCUGGCAGAUGAACCUUCUGAGCACCACUGACAGCUGAAAGCUGAUGUCCCUCAGCAAAGAAGGCGAGAGCUGCAGCCACCUGUGUUCUCUCUUCCAUAAAAGAGUCUUUAUUCUGCA